UGGCUCCAAACGGAAAAGAUUGCGCCAACCAUAAGCAGCAACUCUUAGCUUCAAACCGACUCCAAUGUAAACCAACAGAUCAGCAGCACAUGGGAACAACAGGUUCAUGCAAAUAACCCAGAGGACGAGACUCCCCCCACCUCCGCCCCUCCUCCUCUUGUGGGACAUCCCAAGGUAUAAAAGGAGGAAAGCCUCUCCUCAGAAGAUACAACUGACCAAGAGGGAGAAACAGUCCUCAUCUCUUCUUAAAACAGCCAACAGAGACACCUCAGCCGAUGAGGCCAAGCUAAAGGCUCUCUGCUCCAAACAGACAACUAAAGGCUAGUCCAUCCUUAGACUUCCUCUCGUCCUUUCUUUCUCCGUCGCUCGACUCGACUCAACUCCACCAAGAUGCCUCCUCAGCUCCAAUCCCAGAACCAGAAUGGUCCCAGGGUUCUGCAGGGCGACUUGAGCGCUCUCAGCCCAGCCAUCAGGGAGUUUGUGGAGACCAAUGUGGUUCUGUGCCAGCCUGAGUCCUUGCACAUCUGCGACGGCUCUGACGAAGAGAACCGCACCAUCCUGACCCAGCUGGAGGAGCAGGGGAUGAUCAAGAAGCUUACCAAAUAUGAGAACUGCUGGUUGGCCAGGACCGACCCGCGGGAUGUGGCUCGUGUGGAGAGUAAGACGGUGAUCGUGACCCGGGAACAGAGGGACACGAUCCCCACACCACUGGAGGGCGGAGUCAGCCAGCUGGGCCGCUGGAUGUCCCCGGAAGAGUUUGACAAAGCCAUGGCUCAACGGUUCCCCGGCUGCAUGAAAGGUCGUACCAUGUACGUGAUUCCCUUCAGCAUGGGUCCAGUGGGUUCCCCCCUCUCCAAGAUUGGAGUGGAGCUGACCGACUCUCCCUACGUGGUGGCCAGUAUGAGAGUGAUGACCCGCAUGGGAAAGGCUGUGCUGUCUGCUCUGGGAACGGGCGAAUUCGUCCGCUGUCUGCACUCCGUCGGCUGUCCUCUGCCGCUUAAAAAGCCCCUGGUGAACAACUGGCCCUGUAACCCUGAGCAGACCUUAGUGGCCCACAUCCCGGACCGCAGGCAGAUUGUCUCAUUCGGCAGCGGUUACGGAGGAAACUCCCUGCUAGGAAAGAAGUGCUUCGCCUUGCGUAUCGCCUCACGUAUUGCCAAGGAGGAGGGCUGGCUGGCCGAGCACAUGCUGAUCCUCGGCAUCACGAACCCUGCUGGGCAGAAGAAGUACAUGGCAGCAGCCUUCCCCAGUGCCUGCGGGAAGACAAACCUGGCCAUGCUCUGCCCCACGCUGCCGGGCUGGAAGGUCGAGUGUGUAGGAGACGACAUUGCCUGGAUGAAGUUUGACAAACAAGGCAACCUGCGUGCCAUCAACCCUGAGAACGGCUUUUUCGGUGUUGCUCCCGGCACCUCAGCCAAAACCAACCCCAACGCCAUGGCGACCAUCAUCAAGAACACCGUCUUCACCAAUGUAGCAGAGACCAGCGACGGCGGCGUGCACUGGGAGGGAAUAGACGAGACGCUGCCUGAAGGAGUCACCAUCACUUCCUGGAAGAACAAGCCCUGGAGCUCAGAAGAUGGCGAACCCUGUGCUCACCCCAACUCUCGUUUCUGCACUCCGGCCGAUCAGUGCCCCAUCAUCGACCCACUGUGGGAAUCUCCUGAGGGAGUCCCCAUUGAGGCCAUCAUCUUCGGAGGGCGCAGGCCUGCAGGUGUCCCUCUGGUGUAUGAAGCUUUCAGCUGGCAGCACGGAGUGUUUGUUGGAGCAGCCAUGAGGUCAGAGGCCACCGCUGCAGCUGAACACAAAGGCAAAGUAAUCAUGCACGACCCCUUCGCCAUGCGCCCCUUCUUCGGCUACAACUUCGGCCAGUACCUCUCUCAUUGGCUGAGCAUGGCCGACCGCCCCGGUGCCAAGCUCCCCAAGAUCUUCCAUGUCAACUGGUUCCGCAAGAGUCCCACCGCCGGCUUCCUCUGGCCUGGUUUCGGCGACAACAUCCGCGUUCUGGACUGGAUGUUCAGGAGGGUGAACGGCGAGGCCGGCGCCAUGCCCUCUGCCGUAGGCUACCUGCCCUGCCCCGACUCCCUGAACCUCCAGGGCCUGAAGGAGAAAGUGGACCUGGACGAGCUGUUCUCCCUGGAUCAGGAGUUCUGGCAGCAGGAGGUGGAGGAUGUUGGGAAAUACUUCACCACGCAGGUGAAUGACGACCUGCCCAACGAGGUGGCCCGGCAGCUGGAGCUCCUGCAGCAGAGAGUGAACCAGAUGUAAUAAGGAAGAACAAGAACCGCGUGAUAGCAAUUCUAGACCAGCAUUAUCUAUGAUUCUAGAACAGAAUGUUGGUCAUUUUUGGUAAUUCUAGACCAGUAUGUCCUUGAUUCUAAAACAGAAUGUUUGCAACUCUAGAAGGAAACAUCAGAAAUUCUAGAAUGGAAUUUUAGUAAUUUUUGAAAAAACAGGAUGUGAGUAAUUCUAGAAUUUCACAUCAUUGUUUUACCGAGGGACUCGUUUAUUGAGUGACUCUAAUUUUUUAAAGAUUUUUGUCUUUGUGAUGGACCCUUAGAAAUUCAUGAAAGAGGAACAAUUUUCCUCUGAUGAUGAUUUUUUUUUUUACUGAAAUAUGUGUUUGAUUCUCCUUGGUUUUGUUCUCUAGCUAGAAAUCAUCCCCUCUGUUCAGAUUAUUAUUCAGAAAGUGCUUCUAUUAAAAUCCGGCUGGGCGUGUUGAGAUGAAAUUUAUGAAUUGAAAAAAAAAACAUUCCUCACUGUGCUCAUCUUCAAUAUGCGAGCCACACUGUACCAUUCAAGACUGCUAAUUUGAAUAGGAAAUGUUUCCUCUCCAUCCAUUCAUAUGCUGUUAUAGCAGCAAUGUGUUUUAAACUGUUUUUCCGUUGUAUUGUCCUUCUGUAGGUCCGAAGUCUACUAUUUAAUGAUAACUUAUUCUGAACGCACAAAAUACUUUCAUUGCCAUACGAAUUUGUAUGGCAAUGAAAGAGUUCAUGAGUCCAUGUUUUCUCAGCUCCUGUGUUGUUUGAGCCCCUGAACAUGGGGUAAAUGUAUGUUUUCUGUUCCUGUCGUUAUUAUAUGGCUUAAUUUAUUUUUAUACUGUGUAAGUUUGUCUUGACUCUGUUUUGUUGUAUUGUAAUUUUGAGCCCCUAAAGAGGGGAGACAACAAUAAAGAUAUUUAAACUUAUUACUGAAUC